AUGUUGUUCAAGACAAUCCAAAUCACUCUUUUCUCGUCCCUCGCCAUUGCGUCGCCUAUUACUUCGAAUAACCUCAUCCUUGGACGUGCUACUCAGCCGAAAACCAUAGUUGGUGGAAUCUCCGGCGCCUUGACCGACUGCAGUACCGCACCUUUCCCAGCUGAGUGCGCAACCCUCACUCAAGCAGCAAAGGGUAUUACUAUAGCUUUCGGAAACAAAGAAUUUACUGCUGCAGAAAUGCCCCGGUCGUCAGGCCAAGGAACAAAAAACAUGCAAAUGGCGAAAAUAAUCUUCCAAUACGACGCGCAAUCUAUUCCCAUUCCGCCCAUCAAGAAUCCUCCUCGCAAAGAUCCACCACAGCUACCACCAUCGAUGGCUUGUCGGACGACAAGGUUGAACGAGAUCCGAGCUUUGGUUUUGGUUUUGACGACUCUCAAAACAGGUACCGUAGAAGGAUGGCAAGCAUAUAUGAAGUGCGUUGGAGUUGAUCCCCGCUGA